UUGGGAAAUGCGAUAAAUCGAGCAUCUCCAAAGAAGUAAAUAUAGACUCCAUCCAUGCAAAGAGUGAAGAGGAAAUAAUCGAGCGGAUACUUAAACACGAAAACUCGGCAGCUGCCAUUUUGUGCAGGAUGAAAAGCGAAGCUGAAGCGUUAUCCAUUGAUCAUUCGCUCACAAAGGAUGUCAUCGGUAUUGUAGCUACACUUGGAAAAGUCGAAGAUGACAACCUUAGCAGGGUUCUUUCGGAGUAUUUGGGCAUAGAAACAAUGCUGGGAGUGGUUUGCAAGACGUACGAAGGAGUCAAAGCCCUCGAAGCAUACAACAAACAAGGUUCGAUAAAUAAAAGUUUCGGCCUGCAUGCAUUUGCAGCUUCUGUGGAGAGGCCACUCGCUCACCGAUUUCUCGUUAUUUGUCUUGAAAAUAUAAGGUCAUAUGUUGGGGAGUUUGUAAGCAACGAUCCUCAACGGAGGCUUGCUCUUCCGAAUCCGAGAUUACCAAACGGCGAAACUCCUAACGGCUUUCUUGGCUUUGCCGUAAAUAUGAUCACCAUCGAGGGCACUAACUUGUAUUGUGUCUCCAAAAACGGGAACGAACUAAGAGAAACGCUCUUCUAUAAUAUUUUCUCGAAUUUGCAAGUUUAUAGAUCGAGACAGGACAUGCUCAAAGCUAUCUACUGUAUAAAAAACGGAGCCGUAUCUCUUGACGGAGGAAUGAUCAGAAGCCCUGGAGUUUUUUCAUUAGGGCUUCGUCACGAGAGGGGCAUAGAUGUAAAGUUCCCAAUAGGCGCCGAAAGAUUGAUGAAUGUACCUUUGAGCUACUUAGAGAUUGAGAAAACGAUGAAGGAGACGAGGUGGAAAAAGGACCGAACAUGUGAAGAUAUGAAGAGAGAGCAGGCUCUAUUAGACCAUGCGAGAUUCAACUACGAAACGAAGAAGCUUUCGCAUAUGCCGUCUCAGGUUUAUUUUUAUCGUCUUAAGUUAUUUCUUUCGUUUUCGUUUGUUUUCUGUAAUGACUGUUGAGAGUAAAAUAUGUUGUGUUUACGUUGUCGGUGUGGUCAGAAUCCAGUGGCGGGACGUGGAUCGGGAACGAGAUGAAUUGAUCGGUGAAAGACGUUGUGUCGUACGCACUAUUUAUGAUGGGAAAAAAAUCGAUAGAUGGGUUAACAGUAGUAUAUUUUUGUGUUAACGUGUUAACUGCCUAUGUACAAAAACCUCUUCUUUUCUUGUGUGGUAAAGGCGUGUUUGUUUCUCAUACUUCGUGAUUUUGAAACUUGAUAGAUACAUCACCAUUUUUAGUGAAUUAUAAG